AUGUCAGAAGAAACAAUUUCAUUAGGUCAAUAUUUAUUCGAAAGAUUAAAUCAAAAACCAAUUGGUAUAAAAAAUGUAUUUGGAGUACCAGGAGAUUUUAAUUUAGCAUUAUUAGAUAAAAUUUAUGAUGUUGAAGGUAUGAAAUGGGUUGGAAGUGUUAAUGAAUUAAAUGCUGGUUAUGCAACUGAUGGUUAUUCAAGAGUCAAAAAUGGUACAUCAGCUGAUGGUUCAGCAAUUGGUGCACUUGUUACAACUUUUGGUGUUGGUGAAUGUUCAGCUUUAAAUGCUAUUGCAGGUUCUUAUUCUGAACAUGUUGGUUUAGUCCAUAUUGUUGGUGUACCAUCAACUGCAUCACAACAAAAGGAAUUAUUAUUACAUCAUACUUUAGGUAAUGGUGAUUUUACAGUUUUCCAUAAAAUUGCAAGUUUUGUUAGUGCAGCCACUGCUGUAUUAAGUGAUCCAAAUGAAGCACCAAAAGAAAUUGAUAGAGUUAUUGAAGCUGCUUUUAUAAAUCAAAGACCAACUUACUUAGCUUUCCCAUCCAACUUGUUUAAUUCACCAGUUCCAAAAAAGAGAUUAGAACAACCAUUAAAUUUAACUCCACCACCAAAUGAUGAAAAAAUUCAAACUGAAGUAUUAGGUGAAAUUUUUUCAAUGAUUUCAAAAGCUAAAGAUCCAGUAAUUAUUGUUGAUGCUUGUACUAAUAGACAUAAUGCUACUUUCGAAGCAAAUAAAUUAAUUCAAUUAACUAAAUAUAAAUUUGCAGUUACACCAAUGGCUAAAGGUUCUAGAGAUAUAGAUGAAGAAGAUCCAAAAUUUAUUGGUGUUUAUUUAGGUGAUUUAUCAUAUCCAGAAACCAAAAAAUUAGUUGAAGAAUCUGACUUGGUUUUAUCAUUGGGUGCAGUCUUAUCAGAUUUUAACACUGGUGCUUUUUCAUAUUCUUUAGACACUUCAAAAGUUAUUGAAUUCCAUUCAGAUUAUACCAAGAUCAAAAAUGCUCAAUAUCCAAAAAUUAGAAUGAAAGAAUUAUUAGGAAAAUUAGUUGAAUCCCCAGAAUUGAAAAAAUUUGUUGAUAAUUCAGAACCAAAAGAAAUUAAAUGGGAACAAAUUCCAGAAGUUAAAUUACCCGAUGAUAAUAAAUUAACUCAAGCUUGGAUAUGGUCUAAUUUAGGUAAUUGGUUAAGAGAAGGUGAUAUUGUAAUUACUGAAACUGGUACUUCUAAUUUUGGUAUCAUUCAAACUCAAUUUCCUAAAAAAGUUAUUGGAAUUUCACAAGUUCUUUGGGGAUCUAUUGGGUAUACUGUACCAAGUGCUCAAGGUGCAGCAACAGCAGCUGAAGAAGUUGAUCCAAAUAGAAGAGUUAUUUUGUUCGUAGGUGAUGGUUCUUUACAAUUAACAGUCCAAGAACUUUCAACAAUGGCAAGAAAUCACAAUAACUUGUACAUUUUUGUCUUAAAUAAUAAUGGUUUUACUAUUGAAAGAUAUAUUCAUGGUCGAGAUGCCGAAUAUAAUGCAAUUCAAGAAUGGGAAUAUACUGAUUUAUUGAAAACUUUUAAAUCUGAUAAUUAUGAAACUCAUAAGGCUGAAAAAGUUGGUGAACUUUCAAAAUUAUUUAAAGAUGAAGAAUUUGCUAAAAAUAAUAAAUUAAGAUUAAUUGAACUUAAAUUAGAUACUUUUGAUGCUCCUGAAAAUUUAGUUAAACAAGCUGAAAUGUCAUCAAAAGUUAAUGAUGGUUAA